GGUGGUGGUGGGGGAGCGGCGGUUUGCCUACAGUUCCGUUUGAUGGAUCCAAGAAUCGCAUGGUUUCAACCAGAACAACGUGGACCUGCUAACAAGCUGUGGAUGCAGAUUUGGGAUACGACUCAGGGGCUCGGCUACUUGCAUGUAAAUAACUGCUACACCGCCGGACCUCAGGGCAGUCUGAAAGCGAUCGUCAACGGGGCGUCGGGAGCUGGGAGCAGAAACGGGGCACUUGACUCCAACACCGGCAGCGGGGACGCCAGGAUCAGUAUGUCGUCCUCGAUAGGGGACAGAGAAAUGAAGGCACAGCGGGACUUUAUACCACUGGAAAGCAACAGCAACCACAACAACCGAGCCGGUGGCAGGGGCGGUGUCCGUGGAGAGGGGCAGCAGCAGGGCAGCGGGGUCGCGGUGCUUUCGAGGUGGCUGACGGACGGACACCCCAACAAAAGGAAAAGAGACAACAAGGCUAGCACUUUCGGUUUCAAUUCUAGCCUCUUGAACAGUGGCAGCAGCAGCUCCAACACAGGAGGCUACGAUGGUUACGCGGGCACGCCGUGGAAAGUCAGGAACUACUCGGAAGGAAUUGUCGGGUUACACGAGGAGGUGAAGGACUUCUACGACUACGUCUCCCCCCGGGCGGAGGAGGAGAAGAUGAGAGAGGAGGUGGUGGACAGAAUCAAGGGAGUCAUCCACGACCUGUGGCCCAGUGCAGAGGUCCAAGUCUUUGGGAGUUUCAGCACUGGUCUUUAUCUGCCAACAAGUGACAUUGACUUGGUAGUUUUUGGGAAGUGGGACACACUCCCACUCUGGACGCUGGAAGAGGCUCUCCGGAAGAGGAACAUCGCGGAUGAGAACUCUAUCAAAGUAUUGGACAAAGCCACGGUUCCCAUCAUCAAACUGACGGACUCCUUCACUGAGGUCAAAGUGGACAUCAGCUUCAAUGUGAAGAGCGGCGUUAAAGCGGCCCGGCUCAUCAAGGAAUUCAAAGAGAAAUACCCCGUGCUGCCUUACCUGGUCCUGGUGCUGAAGCAGUUCCUACUGCAGAGGGACCUCAAUGAGGUUUUUACCGGUGGAAUUGGCUCCUACAGUCUCUUCCUCAUGGCUGUCAGCUUCCUGCAGCUUCACUACAGGGAGGAUGUGUGCAGCCCCAACAUCAACAUCGGCGUUCUGCUCAUUGAAUUCUUCGAGCUAUACGGCCGCCACUUCAACUACCUGAAAACGGGCAUCAGGAUAAAAGAUGGAGGCUGCUACAUUGCCAAAGACGAGGUUCAGAAGAACAUGAUGGACGGCUACCGGCCCUCCAUGCUCUACAUCGAGGACCCGCUGCAGCCCGAUAACGAUGUCGGUCGGAGUUCAUACGGUGCCAUGCAGGUGAAGCAGGCGUUUGACUACGCCUACGUGGUGCUCAGCCACGCCGUGUCGCCCAUCGCCAAGUACUAUCCCAAUAACGAGACCGAGAGCGUACUUGGCCGAAUAAUCCGGGUAACACAGGAAGUGGAUGAGUACAGGGAAUGGAUCAGAAAGAACUGGGGGAGCCAGUCUCAGAAUGAUCUGCCACUCAACAGAAAUGACGUCACACUGUUCGAGUCCCAGCAGCUCGAUGAGUGCAACAACAACAUUCCAGAUGACGACGACGAUGGUGUUGUAGUAAAAACCUCCAAUUCCUCCUCUCCGUCGCCCUCACUGCGGUCCUUUCCCUCCUCCUCUCCACUGUCGCCUUCCUCCACGACCUCAACCUCCAGCUCCAGCGAUGCGGACUCUGAUGGCACGCCGUGUAAGACGGCCAAGCAGCAGUCUGUCCGGGGCUCCAGCGCCCACAGAGAGAAGUCCACUGUCGUCAAUAAUAACCGAACACAGAGCCAGGCGAACAGCACUCCGUCUGGGAGCAACAAGGGUGGCAAGGCCAGGGUGUCUCGUUCUAACCAUAAGAGCGGCCACCAGGGGCAGCAAAGCUCCUCCUCUACCACCAAAAGUCAUCAGAGCAACAAGCCACACCACCAGGGCAACAGCAAGAAGAGGAAAAAUGUGCGAGACUCUACACAAGAAGACCUCUGCAGAUAGGGGUGAUCUCGCCUGUGCCCCCGUCACCCCCGUCACCCCGUCACCCUCUUCCCGUCUGCUACUGACUGACUCUCCUGUCCCACUUCUGCUGCCAGACUCCAGCCUCGGGAGGUUUUUAGAAGUAUUCAGACAGCUACAGUAUCUGUCUCUCUGUCAAGCUUUUCGGGGUGACUAAGCAACAAUUUCUAGCAGGAAAAAAAAAAUGAACAAAAAAAAGACUUGUUAUAGGAAAUGGGGUUUAAUUUCUUGAACUUGAACUGAAAUCACAAUGGAUAAAAGCUCAUUUGCUUCCUGAUAGCUUAUUUUAUAGAGUGGUGUUCCUUCCUGCAGCCAGCAUCUACACAACACGCCUCUUGCGCCUCCUGCUGUACAGGAAGAGACGGGUCCGGUGUCUGGAAUCUACUCUGCAGCAAUACCUGGAACCACCUGCUGGAAAAUAGGAUGAGAAAUUGUACUCCCCCACCCCCCCCCCC